UCCUCACACGGAGGUCCUAUUGCUCCUGCUGCCCAGCUUCGUCCACUGCCAGACAUCCCUGCACAGAAGCAGAAAGAUCCUUGAGAGGGAGAACGAGAAGUGGUUUUGGAAAAAAGAAAGCCAUCAUGAGUCAAUCGACGAUCCGCACGUCCUACCGCCGCACUUUUGGUGGACCUACCCCUAUGUCCGCCAUGCCCUCCUACACCUCAUACUCGUCCCGUUACCUGGGCCCGGCUCCAGCCGCCAUGUCCACCCGGACUUUCCGGGUUCGCUCCAGUGCUCCAGCUCCGUCAGUUCCUCGUCUCUCCUAUGACAAAGUGGACUUCUCCUUGGCUGAUAGCAUCAACCAGGAGUUCCUCAGCACGCGCAGCAAUGAGAAGCAGGAGCUGCAGGAGCUGAACGACCGCUUCGCAAGCUUCAUCGAGAAAGUGCGCUACCUGGAGCAGCAGAAUGCCAUGCUCACCCACGAGCUCAACCAGUACAAGGGCAAACAGCAGCAGGGCCAGCCAAAUCGCGCCAGCCAGCUUUGCCAGCAGGAGAUGAGGGAGCUGCGCAGACAGGUUGAGCUCAUUGGGAAGGAGCGUGACCAGAUCCAGGUGGACAGAGAUAACAUGGCUGAAGAUCUGGCCUUGCUCAAGCAGAGGUUGGAUGAGGAGACUCAGAAAAGACAAGAUGCUGAGAACCAACUGGUCCUGUUCCGAAAGGAUGUGGAUGAUGCCACUCUGGCCCGUUUGGAGCUGGAGCGGAAAAUCGAGUCUCUGAUGGAUGAGAUUGAAUUUCUCAAGAAGCUGCAUGAUGAGGAAAUCCAAGAUGUGCAAGUGAGCUAUGAAACCCAGCAGAUGAAGAUGGAGGUUGAGGCCACAGUCCGUCCCGACCUGACUGCAGCUCUGAGGGACAUCAGGGCUCAAUAUGAAAGCAUUGCAACAAAGAACAUGCAGGAAUCCGAGGAGUGGUACAAAUCCAAGUUUACUGACCUUACCGACUCAGCCAAGCGCAAUGCUGAUGCCAUGAGACAGGCCAAGCAGGAGGCCAACGAGUUCAGGAGGCAGAUUCAGAGCCUCAACUGUGAGAUCGACGCCCUGAAGAGCACGAAUGAGGCUCUGCUGAGGCAGAUGAGGGAAAUGGAGGACCAGUUUGGAGUGGAGGCUGGAAAUUACCAGGACAGCAUCACCCGUCUGGAGGAAGAGAUCCGCCACCUGAAGGACGAAAUGUCCCGUCACCUGAGGGAAUAUCAGGACCUGCUUAAUGUCAAGAUGGCUCUGGAUAUUGAGAUUGCCACUUACAGGAAGUUACUAGAAGGCGAGGAAAGCAGAAUUGCUAUUCCUGUCAUGAACAUAACGUCAAUCGGUAUGCGCAAUGGCGAUUAUGACCUGCCCGCUGAUGUUGGACAUGGCAAAAAAGUUGUGAUCAAAACCGUUGAGACCCGUGAUGGAGAGGUGGUGAAGGAGUCCACGAAGGAGAAAGACACCCCACGAGACUCUAAGGAAUCUAACUGAGAUGUUCGAGAAUUGAGGAUCCAAGAAUGUGCAGGCUGGAGUGGGACAUAAACAAAAUAUAAAGAAUGAAAUUUUUAAAGUGUUUAAGCCUUUAAUCUGAUAUUCACUACUGAUGGGGAAAAAAUUAAUAUUAAGAAAAUAUUGGCAUUCAUUUUGACUCAAUACUGUGAUUCUGAAUGGGGUGCAUACUAUCACUGCGCAAUGGUGCUAACAACAUAGCCUUAACCAUAACAUUUAAGCAAACUGUCAGAUGCUUUCUAUAUCAUCUUCAUUCACACAAUUCAAUAUAUAACCAGUCAAUACUCGUCAUAUACUGAUAAAAAACAUGGUUUUAGACCAAAUGAAGUCAACCAGUCACCUUUUAAACACCAGUGGUGGCCUUUAUUUACAGCAAAACUUUUUUACAUCUUUCAUGCAUGUGAAAAUUAAACCCAUGGCAAGGCGGAAAGAUAUCCAUUUACUCUGCUUUCUCAUUUACCUCUAUAGCUUAACAUUUACCUCUAUAGCUUGACAUUGUGAGUAGUCAUAAUUUGGUGAUAUUAUUCGUGUAAUGUAAGCACUUUUGGCCUCACCAGGCAGCUUCAAAUAGAAUGUGAUUUACUACUCAAAAUCCAGGAGUCUCACCCCAUUCACUUCAGUCUGAGCAAAUGAAUGUGAGUACUGCAGCCUUACUGAGAAUGAAAAGAAGCUAAUGUUUGUGGAAAUAAAGCCAAGUGAAACAAAAA